AUGGACAAGAUGUCAAGCCUCGAUCUCGCUUUGCGAGAAAUGCAGCUGGAGUUGGAGCCCGUUACUGGACGUGUUAGCUGGUGCUCUUCGAACCCAAAGCACCCGAGGAAUUGGUCCCUGCCCAGAAAGGUAUGGGAUAUUGGGUUGAUUGUCCUUCUAGAGGUUUAUACGUGCGUCAGAUCAAACAUCACAAUGAAGUCCUUUCAACAUUUGCUAACAAUAUCCAUAGAUCUGCAAUUAGUACUUCCGGAGUGCUCCACUGCUGCGAGAUAUUCCCAAGAAAGACUCAACAUAAGUCUGACCUUAUCUCAAUUCCUUUUUGUCUCGACUUAUCUUCUGGCUCAGGGUUUAGGCGGUAUUGUUUUCCCACCAUAUGCGGAAGCCUUCGGCCGCAAAAAGCUGUAUGUCAUCAGCACCGUGUUGUACAGCGGGUUCUGUGCAAUCAUCGGGGGCGUUGACUCUCCAGUUGCUGCUGUCAUUGGGCGAUUGGUCACUGGAUUCCUUUCUGCUAUCCCAACCUGUUCCAUAACGGGAAGUAUAGAGGAUAUGUUCAACUCUAAGGACCGAAUUUGGAUGAUGUUGUGCUACAUCGGUGCUGCCAACCUUGGAGUAGCGAUGGGUCCAGUCAUGAGCGCUUAUAUUACCUUCGCAUUCAGCUGGCAAUGGAUCUUUUACAUCGCUGCCAUGAUCACAGGCGGUAUUUCUCUGUUGCUGCUGUCGAUCAGAGAAUCCCGGCCGUCUCUAGUUCUGGAGGGCGAAGUCAAAGAACUGCGCAAGAGGACGGGCAUAGAAACAUUGGAGUGCCUGAAUCACGACAGUGUGCCAGACAUGAAGACAUUUGUGCAGGUGAACCUUGGCCGACCGGUGAAACUCCUCUGCACCGAGCCCAUCGUUUUCUGCGUAUCAUUCAUGGGUGGAACCGCCAUGGCUAUCAUCUAUCUUUUGACGGAAGCACUACCCAAAAUUUAUGAGGCCAAGGGAUUCAAUCACGAACAGUCAAGUCUCCCGUUCCUGGCACUCGGUAUUGGGUUUAUAUUCAAUGUUCCGGGUCGCCUCGCUGAUGUCCGAACGGCCAACGCACUCCGCAAGAAUGAUUGUCAUGUUCCUCCUGAAUAUAAACUGGCAGGACUCAAAUUCGCAGCUCCAAUCCUUGCCGGAGCUUUGUGGUGGUUUGCCUGGACUAUUCCCCCCACUAUCCAAGGUGUUCAUUGGAUCGUUUCCGUCUUCGCCCUGCUGGCCAUCGGAUAUGGACGAAAUGAGUUGUCGAUUGUUCUGACAGGUUAUCUGGCUGAUAGCUAUUCUGCCUAUACCGGUAGUGCGUUUGCCGCAUGGGGACUUUUGCGGGCUAUUUUAUCAGCCGUGUUCCCCUUGUUCGCUCCUGCGAUGUUUGACGCGCUGGGCGCGAAUGUGGCGGUCUCAGUUCUCGCCGGUGCCAUGACCGUGUUCAUGAUCAUUCCUUUGUCCUUCCGUCGAUACGGAAAGACUCUUCGCGAACGGAGCAAAUUCGCACAAUACAGCAUGCAGAGGUACAAGGAGACCACCGUGGAAAAAGAUGGUACCUAA